UCACUUAAAUCCAUGUGUAACAGGGUAUUUGAUGCACACCUGUCUCUUAAGGAGGAGAGCUUGCCUGGGGAGCAGCCUGCAAGUGUUGAGGGGAGCUGAUUAGGUAGCCAGCUGACUGGAAGGAGGCCAGGCUUAAGGCAUAUAAGCCUAGGGCCAGAGCUGGUCAGACACAUUUCCUGAGUGCCACAAGCAGAGUGCUCCUUACAGCAGGGCUCUUGAUAACAGCAAAGCUGGGUAAGCAGAGCCCAAUACUCAAGGGAAGCUGAGCAGACCUUAGAGGAGAUAGGGCUGGGAACAGAGGGGCCAAAACCCAGCGCCCGAGAAGGCUAGUGAUGAAAAAUGACUGGUGGUUGAGGAAGGGACAGAAGGUGAGGCAUGGAGGUCCUAACUGGUCCAAUGAGAGAGACAGAGCAGGGGACAGAAGGAUGAAGGCUAUGGGGCCCAGAGGCAGAGAGCCAGAGCCCAUUGAGGGGUAGAGUAAGGGGGCAGGGCAGGCCUUGGAAGAGAUGGGCCUGAGGCCCACAGAAAGAGAGAGAGAACCCAAAAAGGACUAGGAGAAGGUCCAGUGCCUGGGGGGCCAGAAGAAUCUGGUGCCCAGGUGGGGACUAGGCACAUAAAACAGUCCAGUGCUUGGGAGGGGACCAGGAGGGUAUCGUUCCCAAGGGGGACUAGGGCAUAGGAAGAGAGUCUGUGCCUGAGGAGGGGACCAAGAGGGUCCGGUGCUCAGAGGGGACUACUCUAGGGUUUAGGGUCUGGGACCCCGUAGUCCAUGAAGGGCAUAUGUCAGCAGAUCACCUGCAAGGCUUGGGAGUGGGUAUUGGAGAGGCUGGAGCCCAAGAAAAUAGCCCUUAAGGCAAUGACCAUGAGCACCUGUGGUCUUAAGAGUAAGACCAGGCUUGGGAAGACCUGUGGCAGCCUCCCUUUUAUAAAUAACAACAUCAAGGCAUGGUGGGUGAGAGAGGCUCUAAGGGGAGCCAAGUUGACUGAGAGGUCACCAAGGAACAUUGUGGCCACUCCUGGGAUGAGCACUUGCUAUACCAUGUCUAACAGUGUAGCUGAAUGCAGUAGCAAAGUUCCUCUUGUGUUCCAAGGCUAGACCUUGUGUUAAACUUUUUGCUACAGUCUCAUCCGGGGCAGGCAAUUAUUUCGGGUGGAGGGCCACUUACUGAGUUUAGGCAGGCCAUGCGGCCCUCGGGUGGAGGGCCGCAUGACAGGCAGCCAGAGGCAGACAAAUAUGAAUUUUCUAAAUUUUUAGGGGCCUCGUGGGCCAGAUAGAAUGGCUUGGUGGGCCGCAUCUGGUAAUCAAUAAAACUUAUGUGUAUUCGAUACUAACGUAAUUAUAUUGUAUUCGACAGAAGACAGAGCAUGCUGGGACUAUAGGGACUAACUCAUUUGGAAGCAUAUGCUUUCUUAAGCAACAGCAUACAUUAAUAUUGGACAAAAAGCUGCAUCACGACGAGAGAAAUGAUUGGGUGGGAUGGGCUUCACCUUUCCCCCAAAGGUAAGCGUGUGUUCUCUUCUAGGUUGGCGGAUCUCCUCCGGCGGGCUUUAAACUAGGCUUGUCAGGGGACAGGGAAGAUGAGGGUGGAGGAAGCCUUGAACCAAAAAACCAAGAGACACCCACAAGGACAGCCCAGCCUAAACUGACGAUGAGCAGAACAAAUACCCAGGUAAGAAACGGGCCCGGGUAGUACUGAGAUUAGGAGGCCAGUGCACACAUCUUCAGGAGGCCUCAAAUGCCUCUACACAAAUGCUCGUAGUAUGGGGAACAAGCAGGAGGAACUUGCCCUCCUGCUGGCUGACACCAAGCCAGACAUAGUGGGGCUCACAGAAACAUGGUGGGACCCAACGCACGACUGGGUGGUGAAUAUCAAGGGCUAUAAGCUGUAUAGGAGGGACAGGACAGGGAGGAAAGGUGGGGGUGUGGUGCUCUACAUCAAGGAGAAAUACACAUCCUCAACGAGUAGCACAAGGUCAGAUGAGGGGCACACUGAAGUGCUCUGGGUUAGAAUACAAGGGAGUCGAGGGGAAAGGAACUUAAAAGUGGGGACCACCCAACCAAGGGGAAGAGCUAGACCGGGAAUUCUUAAGUCAGCUCACAGAGGUAGUUAAGUCAAAAGAUGUGGUCAUCAUGGGUGACCUGAACUUUCCAGACAUCUGCUGGGAAGAGCAGUCAGCCAGGUCUGACAGCUCACGUAGGUUCCUAGCCGAGAUACAGGACCUCCAUCUAACUCAAGAGGUGCACAGCCCCACCAGGGGAAACGCCUUGUUGGAUCUGGUGCUGGCCACAGGCGAUGACCUCGUGGUGGGGCUGCAGGUGCUUGACCACCUGGGCGACAGCGAUCAUCGCCUGCUGGAAUUCACCAUCCAGCGCAAGGUGGCAAAAGCCAGCAGCAAGGCAGCAGCCCUGGACUUCAGGAGGGCGGAUUUCAAUGAGGUAAGAAGAAUAGUUGGGGAAGUAAUGAGGUCCUGGAGGGGAGGGGAGUCGGGUGUCCAAGAGGAGUGGUCGAUCCUUAAGGAGACGAUCCUCCAUGCCCAAAGGGAGGUAAUCCCAACAAAGGUCAAAGGGGGCAAGAGGGUGCAAGAGCCCCCAUGGCUCACCAAAAGCAUACGGGAAUGCCUCCUGGCUAAAAGGGAGGCGUACACCCAAUGGAAGGGAGGGGCCAUCACCAGGGAAGACUAUACCACGGUAGUUCGGGGCUGCAGGGGGGCAGUCAGGAAGGCAAAGGCGGAGAUGGAACUGGGAGUAGCUACCUGGAUUAAGGACAACAAGAAGUCCUUUUUUAAAUACAUAGGGGGGAAAAAGAAGGUACCCGGUAACCUGGGGCCUCUGCAAGACAUGCUAGGAAAUCUGGUUGUCACACCAGACGACAAGGCUAGCCUAUUUAACGAUUUCUUUGCCUCCAUUUUCCUCAACAGGGACCAGAUCAGCCCAUCCGCCAGGACCCCCUCAGGCCCCAGGGGAGGUGCACCCAGGCCCAGGGUCAGUGAGGAUCUAGUCAGGGAACUUCUGGAGGGACUGGACGUAUUUAAAUCAGCUGGUCCUGACGAUCUCCACCCCAGAGUGCUGAGGAUGCUCAUUGGUUGGCAACACAGGAGAAGAAAGACAGGCCUGUAUGUGUUAACUGAUCAUAGGAUGACUAAGAGCCUUCAGUGUGAUGUAGCCUUAAAAAGCAAAUAAAAUCCUAGGCUGUAUCGGGCAAAGCACUUCCAGUGGAGCUAGAGAAAUAUUGAUGGGAUUCCACAAGGUAAUGAUGAGAUAUGGGCUUGUUUAACUUAGUAAAAUAAAGGAUGAGAGGAGAUGUACAAUCAAUCCCUUCAAUUAGAUCAAAAUAGUAACCUGAGAGAGAACGUUUGUGAGCUAAAUGACAGUGCUGGCACAAGACCAAAUGGAUAUAAACUGGACAUGGAAAAAAAUUAAGGUGGAAAUUAGAAGAGCUUUUUUUAAUUGGAAGAGAAGUAAAUUAUUGAAAAGACUUUCCAGUAGGAAUGGAGGGUGGUGAAACAACCUAACCCAGGGGUGAUCAGCAUCCAGAUUCUCUUUAAACUGCCAAUCUCUUACAUUCAUUCCUUAAUUCAUCUUUCUCUUCCACUGUUGCCUUUGUUCCUUAAUUUGUCUCUCUUCCGCAAAGCCUGUACCUCCUCUUGGGACUGAAUUGCUAUACCCUGUGCUCCCUCAGCAGCCAUCCAAAGAGCCUACCUGGCUGCUGCUUUUCUGUGUUUUCCUGGUCGAGGCUUACCACCAGUAAUAUACAACAUGUAUGCCUUACAUGCAUCUUUUAGUCCAUCCACUCUGUGAAAAGCCCCAGGCUUUCAUGGAUCAAGUAUCUUCCACUUCACUCACUGAAACAACAAACUCUCCUGCUCCUCCUUCUCUUUUGGGCAUAUAUUGGGUGUUGUCAUUGUACAGAAGGCAACUAUCCCUCUUAAUUCCACAAUGAAACUCUCUCUCUCUUUCAGAAGCAUGCCCACGGGACAAACAACAAUAAUAUUUUCUCAGUGCCUUAAUCUGCAAAGGUUGUGAUCCUUUCAACAAUAAACCUGUCUCCUCAUGAGACUGAAUACCACUCCUAUUUCCAACAGCUCUACAUUCAUGAAAGGGUUAAUCCUCAUUUACUGACUGCAUUCUUCACCACCUGUUAGCACCAAUGUCUCCCAGAUAGUGCUAAGGGAUCCUUAAUGCACAAUUAACCUUUAAAUGGAAUGUGAAAUAUGAACACAGACAACUCCAUGUCCUAAAAUCAAAGUCUAACUUUAUUAUGCAUAACAAAUACUAUCUUAGCAGUUUCUAUAUUCAGAGAGAGGAAAUCAUUCAGUACAAUAAUCUCACCCAA